AUGUCAGCUCAUUACGAAUUCAAAUGGCCCAAAGGUCCACAAGAGGUCAUUGUCACAGGAACAAUUGACAACUGGUCCAAAUCAUAUACACUUUUCAAACAUGGUGAUGGUACAUUUACUUUGCAAGUGCCAUUGCAAGUUCAAAAGGAGCCAAUUUUAUACAAAUACAUUGUUGAUGGUGAAUGGAAAGUAAACCCAGAAGAAAAAAUCACUAAAGAUUUUGAAGGAAAUGAGAAUAACGUUUUGAAUCCUGAAGAUUUAAAAGAGUUGGUGAGUAUUCCAGGGUCUUUAAUUCCAGAGUCUGGCUUAGUCUACAAUAACAACUCUACAACCUCAAAGGAUUUAGAUGAGUUCAAGACAAAAGAUACAAGUAAAGAAAAUACAGGUGCAGCCAUUGGAUCAUCAAGUAACGACUACAAAUCCACAGUAUUGCCAAAAGAAGAACCACAUCAAACAAGUUUAACUGGAGAACCAGGAAUUCAAAUUCCUCAAGAUAAGGAACAAUUGGCUGUUUUUGAUCAAUUCGAAAAUACCGAUCCUAAAGCAUUGAAUGAGGAUGUUAAAGAAGUUGGUACUGCAAAUACCACCGAUGCCACCACAGAACCACAAAAUUUCAACCAAGGUAUUCAAAUCCCACAAGACACAGCGGCAUUUGAAAAAUUCGAAAAUACUGAUCCAAAAACACUUAAUGAAGAUGUUAAGGAGGUUGGUACUGCAGGUGCUGUACCAUCAGAAUCUAGUGAUUUGGAUAAAACUAAAAAAUCUGACGAUACUGCUGCUGCAACUGCUGCUGCUGCUGCUGCCGCCGGUGCUGGUGUUGGUGCCGGAGUGGCUGGAUCCUCUUCCACUUCAUCAAAUGAAGGAGAUAACUUGAAGAAGGUCAAAAGGGUUGAAUACAAAGCUAAACCAAAGAAGGAUGCCGCUGAUGAGGCGAUUGAUUCUAAUGUUGCUUCUAAAGAUGCCGAAUUUGUCCCGGUUCCAGCAGCAAUUGAAACUGGAAACGAUGCGUCAAACCUUGACUACAUAAAUAACGACACUAAGCUUUCACCAGAAGUGUUGAAAGAUGAAGCUGCCGAGAAUAAUGAAAUCAACAAGAAAAUACGUGAAGAAUUUGAAGAUCCAAAAAGUAAAGAUGUGAAUGCACCUGCUGCCACAGUUACAAAGGAUACUGCCGCUUCUCCUGAAGAUGAACAAGUGAAGCCUGAAGAGAAGAAGGACCACUCAACCGCGAAAACUUUGGGUGCUGCCGCCUUGGGAGGUGUUGGCGGUGCUGGAUUAGGGUCAGCUUUAGGGUCAGGUUCAGAUUCUCGUCAGCCAGGUGAUGAUUUUGCACACGGAGAUUCUGUCCAUGGACCAUUUUCCACCUCGAAAGAAGCUAAACAGUCUAUAUCUGCUGAUCCACAAGAUUCUACAGCUCCCGUAGUUGUUGAUGAUGCCCAUCCAAAAACUUUAGAUCCUAAAGCAGGACAAGAAGCACCAGCUCCUGGUACUACUGCUCCAGCUACACUUGCUGCUGAGCCCGAAAUCAAACCAGUAACAGGCUCAGAUUUGGAUGCAGGAGAAGGCAAGGAAGUCAAUGCAUCUCCAGUUGCCAAAGAUCAAGCUCCACAUGCAGUAGCAGGCGGUGCUUCAGCUUCAAAGAGUAGAGUUAGUGCAGCAGCAGCUCCUGUAGUUGUUAACGACGAGGAUGAUGAGGAAGAGAUCAUUAUUGCUCAAGGUAAUCAAGAUGACAUUCUUGCCGCUGUUGAAGCUAGCGAGGGCCAUGAUGUUACAUUGGAAGAGAUUAAACCAACAAAAUCAGAACAAGAAAGGUUAACCAAGGAGGCUCAAUUGGCUGCACAAGUUGAUGGACCAAUUACUAUUGAAAAAGUUGUUGUACCAGAAGAAGAAGUGCUUAGUUCAAAAGGAUCAACUAAAGAUGUAACCAGUGAUAAACAAUCGAGUUCUAAAGAUAAAACAACAACUGCCAAGGACAACGCACCAAAGAAGCAAACAGCUAGUGAUGUUCCUGUCAAGACAACAAAGAGAGCAGAUAAGGGAAAAGAUGAUGAAGAAAAAAAGAAGAAAGGAUUCAGAUCAUUUUUGAAAAAAAUUGUAUCGUAA